GAAAAACAGAAACAUUUCACUUUUUGUAAGGUUAUUUCUUUAAAAUCUGCAUAAGUUGUCAACUUAAAUAAUAUUUAUUAUGUUUCUUUAAUGUGCACUUAAUGUUUUAUCAGGGAUUCCAACUAAUGAAAAAUGGCUUACUCUGUUGAGAAGCUGCUGUCGGAUGCUGCAACCUUAGUGAGUCGCCUGAAGGAACAUGACAGCAUUGCAGACAUCCUUAUCUCACAGACGGGCAAUCUGCAUAAACGUAUGGAAGCCAUGAAGGAGUAUCAGGAUGAUAUAACUGAGCUCAACGAAAUUGCCAAGCACCGACCUCGAUCCCAUCUGGUUAUAGGGAUUGCUCAGGAAAAUCGGCAGAUCAGAGAACUUCAACAGGAAAAUCGGGAAUUGCAGAUCGCUCUAGAGGAACAUCAGUCAGCUUUGGAGCUGAUUAUGAAAAAGUAUAGGGAACAAGUUGUUACACUCAUUGAGACCAAGAAGUGUGAACAGGCCCUCGCUGGCAGUAAUGACAACACCAAGGAUAUGGAAAAACUCAUCAACAAGAUCUGUGAAAUGGCCAAUGUGAUGCAAAAGUCCGUCCAUGUGGAUGAGGAUGCCUCUGUAGCCGAUAGGGAAAAACUCACCCAGCUUGAGAUAGAAAAUAAGGGACUAAGAGAACUCUUGGAGAUUUGCUCAACAGGGAGGUUCAGAAUUCUUGGUGAUAGUUUGGAUAUUGAAAGAGAUCAUAAAGAAAUGCAGACACAAACAGGAUCAGAGGAAGGUGCAGUUGGAGAUGAGAAACAGGAGACUGAAGAAGAUGAGAAAUCAGGGGAGCGAACUCCAAGAAAUGUGGAAGAUUCUGAUACUUGAAUAUUCAAUAGAGAUUAUUUGGAAUAUGAAUAAUUAUGGCAUUGUGCGUCGUUAAAAGUCGUUUCAGUGGCAUACACAAUAGGCAAACAAUUUCAUUUGGAUUGAUAAGUGUUCAUGUGUAUGUGUACAGUAUAAAGUACACAGUGUACAGUAUGCCUUGUAAAUGUGCUAUAUUUAUUUUAUGAAGGAGUUUGUGUUAUUAUGGGUGGAUAAUUAAAACAUCUUUUGGGGCUUUAAAUGUGUGUGGAAUAAGUAAUUAUAAGAAUUUGUGGAUUUAAUAAGACCUAUUUUGAUAAAGAGUAUUCAUAAUGUAUAUAGUUAACCAGUACAUGUGGUAAAAAUGUCAUGGACUAUACUUGUCGCUACAGAGUUUAGUUAUGGCCCUUGAGUUGUAAACAUUGGAACAAAAUGAUUUUGUCUGAUAUGAGCAGUGUUUCGCUAUGAUAAUCAAACUAACUAAGUAAAGAAUGUAAAUUGGCUUAUUUUCUUCAACAAAUUAUACAAAAAGCCAGAAUACUUUCAGACUUAGGAGUUAUUGCCCUUUUAUUGGCAUUGACUGUUCUUUUGCUUGAGCAAUGAAUAUACUUGGCCUGUAACCAGCAAAUUUUAUAACAAUGUUUAUGGGUAUUUACUCCUUUUGAGAGGUAAACAACAGGGAUGAAUGGGCUAGACAUGGGUUAUGUCCCAUGCAUUGCUAUUUUUUCAAAGAAAUCAGUCUCGUCUAUUUUCUGUAUUUAAAAAUACUCGUUUUAAGUAAGACAAACUUGUUCUGUGUGUAGGGGCAUGAUACUGGUACAAGGUAUCUAGGGCAAAUGUGAAAUCAAGUCGGAUCAUCCCAAACAAUUUCAAAUGGCACUAAUAAUGUCGAAACAUAUUACAGCUACUGAAAUAUGUCAGAAUAUGUUCAGCAUCUCAAAUGUUAUUUUCUUUAUCAAACUUUUGAAUUCCUAGAUUAUAACUUAUGUGUACCAUAUUGAGUUUUGGCGCUAUUGUUGUAAAGUUUGUGUCUUUAAGAUUUUUCUUUUACCAUUGUAACAGUAAUAACUUCUUCCAGAUAUUCUUUUUUCUUGUACAAGUCACAAUAUACCGUCUCUUUGUCAGAAAUAAAUGAAAACUCACA